ACGCGCGGUGCCGGCUCAUGGGUGUGCUAUAUCGUGGUGGAACGGUGCGUCGGUCGAGGAGGAGCUGAGCUGAAGACGGGGAUGCCGGCGUGCGGCGGCGCCCUCUCUGCAUGGCCCGGCUGCUGAGUGUCCUCCGGCGCGCCGUGCAGCGCCCCCGGCCCUACAGCGGCGCCCCUGAGCCCUCGCGCCGCCGACGCCCCCACCGCCGGCCAUGCCGGGAGGCAGGAGGGGCCUCGUCGCCCCGCAAAACACCUUCCUUGAGAACAUCAUACGUCGGUCGUCAUCGCAACCGGACAGCAGCUUUUUACUGGCCAAUGCGCAGAUUGUGGACUACCCGAUCGUCUACUGCAACGAGACAUUCUGCAAAAUAUCCGGCUUUAACCGAGCUGAGGUGAUGCAGAAAUCGUGCAGAUGCAGCUUCAUGUACGGCGACCUGACCGACAAGGACACCAUCGCGCGGUUCGAGGAGAGCCUCGAGGACCAGAACCAGGACCAGUUCGAGAUCCUGCUCUACAAGAAAAACCGUACUCCACUAUGGCUGCUGCUGCAUUUAGCGCCCAUCAAGAACGAAAAGGAGGUGGUGGUUCUGUUCCUUCUGACGCUGAGAGACAUCACCGCUCUCAAACAGCCCAUCGAGGCAGAUGACAACAGAGCGAGUCUGUCAAAGUUCGCCAAGCUGGCCCGUUCGGUGACCCGGUCCCGGACCGUGCUGGCCUCCCAGUUUGCCUCCAACGUGUCAGGCGUCAAGGAGAAUGGCAAACAGUCCAACAUCGCUCACUAUCAAAUGAUGUCUCUCAGUUCGGACGUGCUGCCCCAGUACCGUCAGGAGGCGCCCAAGACACCUCCCCACAUUCUCCUCCACUACUGUGCCUUCAAAGCCAUCUGGGACUGGGUGAUUCUCUGCCUCACAUUCUACACCGCCAUCAUGGUGCCGUACAACGUCGCCUUCAAGAACAAGACGUCCGAGGACGUCAGCCUGCUCGUGGUGGAUUCCAUAGUGGACGUGAUUUUCUUUAUAGACAUUGUGCUGAACUUUCACACGACAUUUGUGGGGCCCGGCGGGGAGGUGGUGAGCGACCCGAAGAUCAUCCGAAUGAACUACCUCAAGUCGUGGUUCAUUAUCGACUUGCUCUCCUGCCUGCCGUACGACGUCUUCAACGCCUUUGAUCAUGACGAAGAUGUAAGUAGCUGCGCAGUCAGCGUCACGGAUCGCAGUGAAAAUGGUAUCGGCAGCCUGUUCAGCGCGCUGAAGGUGGUCCGUCUGCUGCGGCUGGGCCGCGUGGUCCGCAAGUUGGACCGCUACCUCGAGUACGGCGCCGCCAUGCUCAUCCUGCUGUUGUGUUUCUACAUGCUGGUGGCUCACUGGCUGGCCUGCAUCUGGUACAGCAUCGGCCUCUCGGACGCCGAUAAUGGAGUCACCUACAGCUGGCUGUGGAAACUGGGCAACAUCACCCAGACGCCCUAUUCGUACCUGUGGUCCAACGAGACCAUGUCACCGAUCCUGGUCGGUGGUCCCUCCAGGAAGACCAUGUACGUGACGUCACUCUACUUCACCAUGACGUGUAUGACCAGCGUCGGCUUCGGCAACGUGGCCGCCGAGACGGACAACGAGAAGAUCUUCACCAUCUGUAUGAUGAUCAUUGCAGCGCUGCUGUACGCCACCAUCUUCGGUCACGUGACGACCAUCAUCCAGCAGAUGACCUCAGCCACGGCCAAGUACCACGACAUGCUCAACAACGUGCGCGAGUUCAUGAAGCUGCACGAGGUGCCCAAGGCGCUCUCGGAACGCGUCAUGGACUACGUCGUUAGCACGUGGGCCAUGACCAAGGGCAUUGACACGGAUAAGGUAGAAAACGAGGCGAGUGUAUGACUCCGUUCCGGCGGCGGCACCAGGCGGGGUAACGUGAAGCGGCCAGCCGGGAACACCGACGGAGGAGACGCUCUGGUCGACGUGUCCCAGUGGUGGUCAGUGUCGGCCGCCGAGCGAGACUGGCGAGUGCCGAGGCCACCCCAGAGUGAUGAAUUCUUGAGACAUCUCAUGACCUCUGAGUCUCAUGCAAUAAGCUCCCCAGCGGUGACGGGUGACCUUUUUGCUCUGCUAUUCCUCUCGCUCCGUGGCCGGCCAGCCAGCGCCCCAGGGUCCGCCCUCGCAUGUUUCAGGGCGGGCACCGGGACAUGGGCUCACGCUCGACCGCCUCCAAAACCGGAGGAGGAGCCGACAGAGACGUAACCAUGAGGUCUCGUCUCAUCGGAAAAGUCUCAUUGUCGCUGUUCCCGCGGGCUUCAGCGAAAUUAUUUCGAUACGACUUAUCUCUCGAUUACAGUAUUUCUACUUUU